CCAGCCAUGUAAAAUGUCACUAGUAAGAAAAUAUGAAUGGUAUUUUGUUCUCAUUUCGUUAUGUAAAUCCAUACAGCUUGUUAACAUUCAGGUUACUCAAGUUUCAUCAACUACUCAUUUAGGCGCUGGCGUAUGCAGUAAGGUAUCGAAAACCUACCCUGUGAACUGCAAAGAAACUUCACUCUCAUGCGAGAAUUGGACAGUAGAACAGAAGAAAAGAAGGGAGAGAUCGAUAAACUUGCUGCAGAAUACAUCGCUAACGUGAAGAACCUGGCUUCUGAGCAGCGGGUUGAGCACCUGCAGAAGAUCGAGAAUGCUUACAGCAAGUGCAAGGAGUACAGCGAUGACAAAGUGCAGCUUGCUAUGCAGACAUAUGAAAUGGUGGACAAGCACAUCCGGAGGCUGGACGCGGACCUGGCCCGCUUCGAGAACGAGCUGAAGGAGAAGCUGGAAGUGAGCGGCUACGAGAGCCCCGACGGGAGGGCCCUGAAGAAAGCCAGGGGUAUCAGGGAAAAGAGAAGCUCCAGAGGUAGAGGCAAGAAAGGCUCCGAUGAAGAUUCGCCCCGGAAGAAGAAAAUGAAAAACAGCCCCGAGUUCAGCGACUCCAUUUUAGCCGUCCAUCCGUCCGAUGUGCUGGACAUGCCCGUCGACCCCAACGAGCCCACGUAUUGUCUCUGCCAUCAGGUGUCCUACGGGGAGAUGAUUGGUUGUGAUAACCCUGAUUGUCCAAUAGAGUGGUUUCAUUUCGCUUGUGUUGACCUUACUACGAAACCCAAAGGGAAAUGGUACUGUCCACGCUGUAUCCAGGACAGAAAGAAAAAAUGAGGUGCAGAUUACCAUCGCUUUAAAGUAUACAUAAAUAUAUAUAUAUAAUGUAUUUUGUUUAUGCAGUAAAACAGUGUAAUAUAUACAUAUAUAAAUAUUUUCCCAUUUAUAUAUUGGCCAUGGCCUUCACAACUAUGGUCUGUCAAAGCUUUUUCUUUUAAAAAUGCUGUUAAUACUUGAAAUAUCGACAUCCUCAUCUGUUCUGAGUUUUAGUAUUUCGCACGCGGGCUCGCCGAUGUGAGAUCAGCGUCGUUUGAAAUGACGGCGCGGUCGGAGCUUGCCCGUUUGCUCGCCCCUCCCUGUACGGUUGCGGAUGUAGGCGCUAGCCCGAGAGCGAACGUCUCGCAGUGUUUCCCCUGAAUGUUUUCCGUUGACCUACCUCACCGGUCAAGCUCUCGCGGCGCCGUAACCUCGGCCUCUGCCCCGAAACGCUGGGAGGGAAGAAGGGAGAUUGACGCCUGAAUCCAGUAUGUAAGCCAAUGGCAAUGGCAGUGCUUAAACCUGUGCGUGUAGAGACCGCCUCUGUCAAAGAUCUUUUGAAAAAGUUUUCAGUGUCCUGGCAGGUGUUAAAAAGUUUGUAGGUUUUUGGCGGUGAACGCUUCUGAUAUGAUCGUCUCAGCCAAAUGGACGGCUUUUUUGGCCCCCCAGGAGUUGAAUUAUUCUCAUAGCAAAAUAAUUGUGACCAUGACAGUCAGGCUUAUUCUGAGAGGUUCUUAUUUUGCUUCAGGCAUGACAGGACUAAGGGCAUUUUUUUUGCACCAUUGAAUGAAAUCUGAGAAACGCCAUUUGUACUUCUCUUACGUUAACAAUGUUUUUUUGUUUGUUUUUCCUUCUUUCUGGGAAUAGUAUCUCAGUUGCGAUUCCUGACAAUCUUGACACGUUUCUCUGAAUACCUUGUUUUGUUAGAUUGUUUGACGGUGUGGUACAGACAGUUGCAUUCGGACAUUUGUAAGAUUUGGUUCUCACCGAAUUAUUUUUAAACCGAUUUCACGCGAGGCAUUUGCUUUCAAGUCCGUUCAGAAAUCCCCCUUUUCACCUGCUGUCUAAACAUACCAUAGACCAGUCUAGUUUCAGCUCUUAAAAAAAAGAAAAAGCUAGCAAAUUAACUCCUAAGUUUUAAAUAUGACUGCGUAUCGAAUUACGGUGGCAAGACAUGAACCAAGCAGACACUGAUAAUAUGGGCUUUGACCACUCUUUGGGUUUUUCACAUUUUAGUCUCUGUGACGGUGAAGCAUCUUUACUCCAAGACAGGGCUGCACAAGUCCAGGCCCUGAGGUCCUGCAGGUAUUUCCUCCAGCCAUGUGCUACACCACCUGAUUUCAGUAAUGAGCUUACUACCUGAACCAAGGAGGUAAAGUAAUUAAUCAAAUCGGGUGGUGCAGUGCAUGGCUGGCCAACUAUCUGCUGGUACUGCAGCCCUCAGGACCUGGAGUUGAGUAGCGUUGCUUCAAGUGCUGCUCAGUCAGCUAGCGUGAGGUGAACACUGAUGUUUCAGUACUGACUUUCAAAAGUCGCAUUCUCUGAUAAUUAUAGGUGAAGAGGAAGACCCUGUGUACGGGCUGAUAACUUAUUGCACCUUUGCGUUUGUUUCACGCAAGAAAAGUUCUGUUAUGCUAUUCCCACUGUUUUAUAUUGAAUCUAAUGAAAACUGAUUUGCACUGACUAAUUGAUGCCAUAAAUUUCUGGUGGACACCAAUCAUAUAAAACCUUCAUUUAGAAUGCUUCAUGUGGUUUUGUGUGUGGACAUAAGCUUAAAUUAAUUUAACUGUGAAUUUUUUACUCGGCAUGAAAAUAAGGGAUGCUAUCCAUGUUAUUAAAUGUUCCGUUCUCAAUGUUCAGACAAGUGUAGCUUCUCUUGUUGCGUGAGCUGUCAACAACAAAUAAACCCUGCUCCAGUGUUUCACGUUAACCCUCUGUGUCCGUAUUAGGUGAUGCUUGGUAAACUGGUGUCUGCAGGAAUAUUAUGAACUGAGUUUUCAGUUUCAGAGUGCUGUGUAUUAUUUAUUAGUAUAUUUAGUAUUGGCUAAAGAAACUGAGAUGCAAGCACCCUCUGUGUGUAAAAUGAAUCAUGAAGUUCCACUCUCUUUUAGGAUGAAAAUAGUGAUGGUGAAAACAAAAUCUCAAAAUCUUAUUGUUUCCCCUGAAAUGCAUUGAUUAAUAUUGUUUGAUCAGUGUGUAUAUUGUUCAAAACGUUUCAAUGUGCAUGCAAAGCGGAAAAUGCAAUGCUGUUUGUUUAUUUUAUUUUAUUUUUUGUGGCUGGAAAGAUUUCCCUUAUCAGAAAAGGUCCCGUUGAAGUCCUCUUUUUGGAGUUAAAAUGCAAUACUAGGCAGAGAUUAUAAUUACAUAUACAUAUGCUCAGAAUGUUCACAUUCAAGAUUAGAGGUUAAGGGCUGGAUUAACAUCUGCUGGGAAUGUGUGUCGGGACACCAGUCUACAGUGCAAAAUUUACAAACGAAAGGCAUACAUGGAAUAAAUUCUUAAGCAAGCAAGCAGUCUAAUGAGGUCCUGCAUUUGCACAAUGUUGGAGUAACUGAUCUUCACAGCAAUUUUGACAGCCUCUGUGCAACAUCCGAACCUAUGUGAUGCAUUGUUUUGUAUAUGAAUGGACAGAUUGUCCUUGGGACCAUUUUUUAAAAGCUGAAUAAAUGUAAUCGUACAAUGAAUAUGGGAAAAAAAAUCCUGUUGCUUCUUCAUGAUUGUUGCAGGUCCCCCAAAGAGUUUAGCCUUCUUGUUGACUUUGUAAAACAACAUUGUUGUACAUCUUUUAUAUAAAACUUUAUUGUAUAUCUGUAUUUUUGACCAUGCUGUAGACAAUGUUUUAUUCUUAUAAAUAAAGUAUAUUUGGGGACUAUU